UCAGUACCUGGAUAACCUCAGGUGAGAUAGAAACCUGAUCGGCCAUUUCAGUUCAUCUUCAGAUCCUAUACGAAUUAUUUUCUUAAGCUGCUUCACCUUUACUUACUGAUAAAUCCAGGUAAAGCACGCAAACAAGAUGUCUUCAGGCUUUGCCUUUGCCUUACUGCUGACCCUCCAGAGUCUCCAGCUGGUGUCCACAGAAACUGGUGAAUUAAUAACUCCACUAGUCAAUGGGAUACCUGAUGAAUGGAAAAGAGAAAGUAGUGUAAUCACACCUGCAGUGGAACUCAGGAUUUCUUCAGGCUCCAUGACAUUUAGUGGGGAUGAUGAAUAUCAAGCUGCCAACCAGAAUGUUACAGCAGUCACAAGACAAUAUGAUGAUGAUGGGAAUACAACCCUAUCAUCUCAGACUCCACUCAACGUCAGCAGUAACCCAACAAAAACCAAUAAAACCUCGAUCCAGAAAAAUAAUACGAGUGAUCUGGUCACACCAAACCCAUACCUGGGAUCGUCAGUCACCAGCAACAGCCAUGUAAACCUCACAGAGACUUACAACACAACUCCAAAUCCUGGGAAUUCUAUUACUAUUAAUACAACUACGACAAAUACGACAACUACUAAUGCAACUACUACGAAUACCACAACUACGAAUACAACUACUACAAAUACAACUACUACUAAUACAUCUACUGCUAAUGCAACUACUACUUCUGCUCCUGCUUUUAACAUCACUCAGACCUCAGCAUCAGCAGUCAGCGGGAACUUUACAACUACAAGUCCACCACAAGUUGGCAAUUACACAGACUCUCCUCGUGAAAAUUCAACAAAUACAACUGUUUUUACGACAGCUACCAUGGACAACCACACCAGUGUUGUCCUGCUGAAUGAAUCUAGCACUGCAUCCAUCACAACCAUGAAUGCCACUGGGGGACCUUUGGAUGUCAGAGGAAUCCUAGAUAAAGGUCUGUCUUCAGAUAUUGAACAGAAAACUCAAGAUCGGGCAUGGGGAGUCAUUCUGGGUAUCGGUGUUGGAGUGGCUAUCGUUGCCCUGGUGGUCUAUAUCAUUGUCAAACGAAGGAACUCCAGAGAUUUCUCACACAGGAAACUCGUGGAGGACAUGCCACCUGAACCAGUUCUCCGAUUGGACCACAGUGAGCCUCUGGAUUUGAAAUUUAAUGGAUUUGCAUAUUACAAUCGUGGACUUCAAGGAGACAGUAUCCAAAUGACUAACUUUCCACGAGGACAGAAUAACUAAAAAAAGUUUCCAUGCCAAACAGACUGAUAUCAUAAACUCAAACUUCAUUUAUUCUGUAUUUUGAUGAUGUAUUUAAAGGAUCCUGAUCAAGACAAAGAGGAGCGAAUUGCCAAAAGUACUUUAUCUAUGGAUGAGCAAAGAUCCAAAGCUUAUGGUGUUUUUUUCCCCCUCCUUUCAGAUAGAUGUCAGUUUAAAAUGCUGGAAAGAACAGAUUAAUGAGUGUUGCUUUUGUAGUUCAGACGUUUUAUUUUCUAUAUAGGAAUGUGGUGCAGCGUUGUGUCUGCUUAUAUUAUAAAAUAACCCAUAUAACAAUUAUUAAAAUAAUUUUAAAUUGGGAAUAAAAAUGAUGAACUAUCCCUGCUUAUACGUACCACGACAGGCUGUAUUGUAUGCGAUUUGAAAUAUUGUUAUAAUAAUUAAUAUAUAAAUAUUAAAAAUGUUGAGGUUAAAUCAUUUAAUAGGUGUAUAUACAUUAUAAGUCUGUAAAUAUUAUCUCAAGAGUCUAGCAAGAAGAUUUCUAUAAUAAAAAUAAACAACAAAUAA